AUGUCCCUACAACUUCUUUUUGAUGAUUUGGAUCACCUUGAAAACCAGCAGAAAGGAAAGCAGGUGGCUGGAAAACAAACUGACUUGGAGUUCGCCAUCCGACUCAUGAAAGAGGACAUUUCUGCCGCCCGAACCUCUAUUCAGGAUGGGAUUCUAGCUCUAAGCACGAGUACUGCCGUUGCUACAGAUCAAAAUGUGCUCGCCUCAAUCAGGGAAGACGAAAACCUUGCGGAACAAGAUCGCCGAUAUGCUCUCGCAUUAAGCAACGGGAAUCAUCACGGAUUUGAAAAAUCAACGUCACCUGAAUCGAGAUUCCUAUCGAGAUUCCUAGAUACAAACGAUGACGCCGUGUCUUUUGUCAUGAGCGAUCUAAUGAGUCGCAUUGCUAUCAGCGAAGACGCAUCUAAUGGUGAAAGCUCAUUGCGCCCCACUCGGAUGCACAGUCGGACAAAGAAAUGUGCCUCGUGUCUGGAAGAACUUGAUGACUCUGUUUUUGAAAGCUCUUGUGGUCAUGAGUUCUGUCUUGACUGUGUCAGGCAAAUGUUCCUUGGGGCAAUCAAAGAUGAGGAAUUGUAUCCUCCGCGUUGCUGCGGAGUGGUCAUGGCGCCUGGUAUUGCCUUAAGGGUACUGCAAUACGGGGAGCUGAGUGCUUUUAGUGAGAGGGCCAUCGAAUGGACUGCCAAAGACCGAUUGUACUGCGCGGACGUGACCUGCUCGAAAUUUAUUCCCCCGUUUGCGAUCAAAGAUGAGAUAGCUGUGGCCGAAGCACUCAUUUGA